UAUUUUUAUUUUUACAAAUCUUAUUAGCUUAAAUUCAAUUCGAUUCGAUUUGUCAUUCAUCAUCAAACAAAAUAUGGUCAUAUCGUUGGAUAAUGAAAUCUCGCCAUAUGAACCGUUUGGUCGUUCAAUUAUCGAAUCGAUACCGAAUCCAAAUUUAACAUCACGUCAAUCAAAAUCUGAUCGAAAUAAUUCAUAUGAUGAUAAUCUAGUGUCCGAUAAUGGUGAAAAUUUUGCCUUUAACAAUGAUUUUAUUACUGCCGAAUUAGAUCAAUGUAGAGAUUUAUUUCGAUCAAUCAAUGAAAUCUAUGAUGGUUCAUCAUCCAAAACGGCCACAAAUAUAACGGAUCGAUUUCCAAUGACUGAUUUUUGGCGGCUACGAAAAACGACCAAAGGUGAAGAGGAAAUCUAUGUCAAUUUAAAUUCAUUGAUUCUAAGCCAUCGUCCAUCGAAUAAUAAUGGACAAUCAUUUUUGGAUAAAUCAUUAACAUUACCGGAUAAUAUUAUCGAUGCUUUAUGGUGUGAUUUCACAAUCACCGACGAUAAUAAUCUAGCCAUGUCGGCAUCGAUUGGUAAUGAUCAUCAACAUCAUCAUUACAGUAGAAAAAGGAUGAAAAUACUGAAAACAUUAUGCAUAUUGGAUGAGCAUUAUCGUUUACAUAUCCUAUCAGAUAAUGGUGAUUAUUAUCAAAAACAUUUACCAUUUCGUGUGGGAAAAAUGGUGGCCACUAUUGAUCAUGGUCUUUUAUUCGAAAGAAUAAUUGGUUCAGAAUCUCGAGAAAUGCCAGAUUUUCCUGCCAUUUAUUCAUUAUCAAAUCCAUUGAAUGAUUUAUCACCAGUUUUGAUGAUCAUGCCCAAAUCAUCAUCAUCAUCAUCAUCAACAGCACAAUCUUUUUCGAAUCAGCAACUAAAACUAAUCAAUAUUAUUGUGGAAAAAAAUUUAGCCAUUUUUUAUUGUUCCCAUAAUAAUUGUCAUCAAAUAUAUCAAUUUCGUUCAGUAAAAGAUAGGGAUAUUCAUCAAUUAUUUCUACAUCAUCAUUAUCAACAGCAGCAACAACAACAACAAAAUUAUUUGAAUAUUUCGAAUAAUCAAAAAUCUGUUGAUAAUAAUAAUCAUAUGAUGGUAACACCGGAAAAUCCUUGUAAAAGGCAACAGCAAUUUACUAAUUUUGGUAUUACAUCAUCAAUAAGUCGAUCAUUAAGUAAUAAUCUUAUACAACAAAUGGUACAAAAACAAGGUUCAUCCACAUCAUUAACAACAACAUCGGGUGGACUUUUACAUCAUCAUCAUCAUCAUCAUCAUAAUAAUCGAAAUUCAUCAUCACCACUUUCAACACAAUAUCAUUCACCAUUACGUCAUUCAUCAUCUUUAAUGCACCAUCACCACAAUCUUAAUAAAAUGGAUGUAAUAGAUAUACCACGUACAACAUCACCAUCUGUAUUAAUGUCAAAUCUAAUAACGAGUCGUAUGGAUUCACCAACAUCACCAAAUCCAUUAAAUAUUUAUCAUACAACAAAUCCACGAUUAACUGAUCUAGAUAUUGAGAUGUAUCUAGAUUCAAGCCGUAAUACAACAUUGAUGAUUGAUUCACCAAAUUUAAAUAGAAUUUUUCAACCAAAUUCUCCAUUGAAUAUGACCAAUCAAUCAUUGGCAGCACAAUCCUCACCGUCAUCAUCACUGAUAGUGAAUAUGAAUGGAACGAUAUCAUCAUCGAUCAAUACAAGUCGAACUAUUGAUCAAUCGCCAUCAACUAUUGAAAGAUCAUCAGCUAGAUUUUUGCCAAAUGAAUUUGAAUUGGCUAUGGAACAUAUUUGGUCCGAAACAUCGAUCCAUCAGAAUCAUCAAACACAAUCAUCACAUUCGAUGGCAACAAAAGUUUUCAUUACAAGGGAUUUUCUUGGCCAAAAUUAUCUUGGUUUAGUCAUCAAUACAAAUAAUCGAUCCAAUGUUAAUCUGAUGUUAUCAUCAUCGGAUUCUGCAAUAAAUAAUAAUUCAUCAAUAUUGAAACUUAUACGAUUUGAUCAGGCUUCAACAACCAAUGAAGACUCAACAAAUAACAACAGUGAUGAAAAAAUGAAAUUUAAAUACAUUUUUACAGCAACUAAAAUAUUUACAGUUAAAGAUGCACAGCCAUUACCAUCAUUAAGUAUGAUCAUUGUUGUUGAUGAGACCAAUACAUUGAUAUUAUAUAGUGGUGUUUUUAAAGUUGCCAUCAUACAUUUACAACAACCCACAAUGUCAUAUCUAAUGUUACAAUCAUCAUUUCCAAUGGAAUCUUCAUCAUCAUCAACAACAACACCUGCAAAAUUAUCAUCAUGUCAUAUUAGCACUACCAAUGCAACAACAUUAUUAAGAAAUUCAUUAAAAUUUCAAACACCAACAACAAGUCCAUUAAUUGUAAAUACUAAUAAUUUUACACCAGAAUUAAGUGAAUUAUUGGAAUUUUCACCACCAUCAUCAUCUACAAAUAACAUUACUGGUCAAACAUCUCGUCUUUUGCACUCAUCACCAUUUGAUUAUUCCACACAACAACAACAGCAGCAACAGCAACACCAGAAUCAUCAUUCACAAAAAAUUUCAAGCGAUUUUGUUUUCAUUCAACCACAAUGUCCAGGACAAUUUGGUAAAAUUAUUGGACUUUGUGAUUCGAUUGAUAAUCGUGUUACAAUUGUUCAACGAUCAUCAUCAGCUAAAGACAAAGAUGAUUACCGUUUAUAUCGUCUAUCAUUUCCAUUAAUGGCAUCCACAUUUUUAGUUGAUAAAUGUUUAGCCGCUUUACGUCAAUUAUUACCAAAAGAUCAGAUUAUACAUCUAUUAGCAGCAUGGUAUACAUAUCGUAAUUCAACAAAUAAUGAAGAAGAUAUACCGGAAUGUAUCCUAUUCAAACUUUGUCUAUUUUCAUCCAUUGGUUUCGAUAAAGAACGUUUGAAACAAUAUUAUCAUUGUAAAAAUGAAAUCAUAUGUUCAUCAUCGACAAUGAUGGCAAAUUCAAAUCUUACAUUUAAUCUUAGCACAUUCAAUGAUGACCAACAACGUUCGAGUAGUAAUAAUGAUUUAUCACGAAUGGAAAGUAGUAAAAAAAUUCGUAUCGAUAAUGAUAUUGAUAAUAAUGGUAAUGAUGAUGAUUUCUAUCAAUUAAUGGCUGAAAAUAAUAUCGAUUGGAUUGAUAGACCACCACCAUCAUCAUCAUCAUCAUCAGCAUCCAUAUUAAAUAAACAACAAUCAUCAUCGUUAUUAUUAUCAUUAAAAUCUGAACAUUUUACCUGUCCAGGAUUUUUAUAUCCAUAUACAGCACAUAUAUUGUAUUCAUUACAUCUUGUAUAUGAAGAUUUGAAAUUAGUUGAAAUGAAUUGGCCCUUAUGUCGAUCAUUAGUGGAUCUAUUAUAUUUAUUAGCCGCAAAUCUCAAUCUAUCCGCUUAUUUGGAUCAUUAUUAUCGAGAUUUUUCAGAAAUUUGUAUGGAAAUAUCAUCUGAUUCUAAUCAACAAUUUAAACAACAUACAGAUAGAAUUAUUUAUCCACCAUAUUUUUGUACACGACCACCAUCUGUUUAUAAUACAUUGUAUACAUUGUUGAAUAAUGAAGAAGAUCAAACUACUACAUCUGCUGCUGCAUCAACAUCAAUAUUAUUUCCAUAUCUUGGAUCGGCAACAAAAUUAUCACCAAAAUCAUCAACAACAACAAUGAUUGGUGAAAAUUCAAAUGUAGUAACACCAAAUAUAUUCAAUAUGAUAUUGUUAUAUUCAAAUCUAAAUUGUAAACAAUUGAUACAUCCACAAUUAGUAUUACAACAUGUUGGACAUAAUAGUUUUAAUUUUGAUUCAAAUCCAUCGGCAUUUGUGAAUAUGAAAAAAUUUGAACAAAUUAUUGAACUUUAUGAUGAUCAACAAAAUGAUGAUCGAAAUAGUAGAUCGAAAGAUUCAAAGGAAAAAAUUCUUCUAUUAAUGUCAGCAUUGGAUAUUACACGUGAAUAUAUUAAACGAUUACCAUUUGGAUUAGCAUUACCACUAUGGAAUAUAGUCUAUCAUUUUCGAGAUAAUCCAAAAAAAGAUUGGUGUUCAUCAAUUUAUUCACUUAUUGAUCGGCCAGAUUUAUCGGCAUUAGAACAACAGCAACCAUAUUGUUUUGCCCGAUCAUCAGCAUCAUCAAACGCUAUGGCAAAACAAAUGACAACAAAUGAAAUAUUAACAACACAAACAAUAAAUAUGAAUGAAGAAUUGGAAUAUUUUGACCUGUCCGUUUUGCGAUUAUUAUUUCCAAAUGAUCAACGAUUACAUGAAGCAUAUCGAAUGUUAUUGUCAUCGAAACCAAUGGUAAUCGAUAUAAAACAAGAACCUGGCGUACCAGAUAAUGAAUUUGUUGAAGAACAAGAAAAACAUUUGCUUGCAUUAUCAUUUCGUACAAUGGCUUUGCCACUUGGACGUGGUAUGGUUACAUUACGAUCAUAUAGUCCAACUGUUAUUGAACGUUUUCCAAUACCACCAUUGGUAUUACAUGGUAAAGUUCCACCAAGACAUCUAAUACAUUUAAGUCAUAUUGAUGUACCACCAAAUAUGAAUGUAUGGCCAUUAUUUCAUAAUGGUGUAUCGGCUGGUCUACGAAUCUCUUCGGCGCCCAACAGAAUGGUUGAUUCAUCAUGGAUUUUGUAUAAUAAACCAUCCAAUAAUCAAUCAGCUGAUGAUCAUUAUGAACAUGCCGGUUUUCUACUUGCACUAGGUUUAAAUGGUCUUUUGGAUAAUCUUUCCAUAAUACAUCUACAUGAUUAUCUUUCCAAAGGAAAUGAUCUAACUAAAGUGGCAAUAUUGCUUGGAUUGUCUGCAUCUCGUCGUGGAACAAUGGAUUCAACUGUAUUUGCUUUACUUGGAAUUCAUCUUGAAGGACUAUUACCAUCAACUAGUACUGAAUUAGAUGUUUCACCAAUUGUACGAGUAGCUGCGGUUCUUGGAACCGGAUUAUUAUUUCAAGCAACCGGAAAUCGUUAUAUAGCAAAAGUAAUGCUUACUGAAAUUGGUAGACCGCCUGGUCCAGAAAUGGAACAUUAUAUUGAUCGUGAAUCAUAUGCAUUAUCUGCUGGUUUAGCAUUUGGUUUAGUAACACUUGGUCGUGGUAAUCAACUGAUAAAUGUAACAACAUCGGAUGGAAUAUCAAUACCGGAUCAAUUGAAUCAUUAUAUGUUGGGUGUACAUAAGAAAAUGUCUACAUUACAAAAAGAAAAGACUAAAACACCUAGUUAUCAUAUACGUGAAGGUGAUUGUAUUAAUGCCGAUGUAACAAGUCCUGGUGCAACUUUAGCAUUGGGUAUGAUGUUUUUUGAUACUGGAAAUGCAGCUAUCGUACAAUGGUUAGAAGUGCCGGCAACACAGAAUUUACUUGAAAUGGUACGGCCAGAUUUUCUUCUUUUGCGAGUUUUGGCAAAAAAUUUAAUAAUGUGGUCAGCAAUACGACCAACAACCGAAUGGAUUGAUUCACAUAUACCGACCAUUAUCUAUGAUAAUGCAUUUCAACGUAAUACAAACGUUGAAAAAGGAUUGGAAAAUGAAAUGAUGUUCAUUGAUGAUGUUGAUUAUGAAACAAUGACACAAUCAUAUUGUAAUAUUAUUGCUGGUGCUUGUUUUGCUUUAGCUCUACGAUAUGCUGGCACGGCUAAUGAUCAAGCUUUUCAGGUGGUCUAUAAAUAUACUUCUAGAAUGGUUACGCUAAGUCAGAAAGGCACGAAUACCCAGAUUGAACAAGCUGGCCGUUCAACUAUUGAAUCCUGUGUAAAUGUAUUGAUCGUUGCUUGUUCAAUAAUUAUGGCCGGAACUGGAAAUGUUGAUAUUAUGCGUAUAUGUAGAUUCUUACGUUGUCGUGUGAAUCAAACACAUGUUUUAUAUGGAUCAUUCAUGGCUAUUCAUUUGGCACUUGGUUUAUUGUUUCUUGGCGGUUGUCGAAUGACAUUGAAUUCAUCGCCAGAAUCUGUAGCGGCUUUAAUCUGUGCAUUUUUUCCAAAAUAUCCAAUACAUACGAAUGAUAAUCGUUAUCAUUUACAAGCAUUUCGCCAUCUAUAUGCAUUGGCAAGUCAGCCAAGACUAUUAAUACCAACUUGUAUUGAUACAGGCGUUUCACUUUAUGCACGAAUACGUUAUACAUUUAAAACCGAUUAUGAACAAUCAUCAGUUGCUGCCGUAGUGGAAAAAACUGCACCAUGUCUAUUACCGGAUCUUAACCGAUUAGAAACAGUCGAAUUAAUCGAUUCAAAUUAUUGGCCAAUUGAAUUUGAAAAUGGAAAAAAUUUCAUCAAACUUGAACAUUGUCUAGCAUCGAAUGGUGGCCAUCUUUACAUUAAAAGACGAUUAAAAGGUUUUAGCUACAAUAAAGAUUUUAUCUAUGAUAAUAGCAAUGCUAAAAUUCAUGGUGGUGGCCGAUUAUCGUUGUCAAAUGGACGACAAUUAAAUCAAAAGAGUUUCACAUUGUUUGAUUUUACCAAUGAAACCAUAUUGAAAACAUUUUUCAAGAUUUUCAAUCAAACCGGUUAUCAUACUGAUGGUGAAUUACGAAUGAAGAAUAAGAUUAAUUCAAUUCUAUAUGAUUGUGCAGAAGAUGAACGUCUGGAUUUGUUCAUACCAUCCAUACAAUUGAUUGCUUCUUGUAUAGCUAUUGUUAGCCGUCGUCAACAACAAUCACCGAUGAUAAUGAUGAUGAUGACAGCAAAUAAUGUUGGUAGUAGUAAUGGUGGUACGAAUUGGUUGAAACCAAUCACAGAAUAUAAAACUAAUAAAUCAUUAAUAUUAUGCCAGAUACGUAUUGCAUCAAAUUAUCUUAAUCAGCAUCGUUCCAUACGAUCAAUGAUGUCAAUAUACCGCAUGAUUGAAACGAUUCGUUUUCAAUUGGAAGAUCAUAUACGAACAAAUGUCAAUCUAAGGAAAUUAUCUGAAUAUAUUCGUGGGCAAUUAUCAAUACAACAGAUAUGCCAUACUACUACUAAUAAUAAUAAUAAUGGUGAUGAUGAAUCAUUAAUUGAAUCACUUGUAUAUUUUAACAUUAUGCCAUUCACUAAUGAUCGAUCAACAUCAUCGGUGGAUGACAACGUCGUCACUGGUAAUAUGAAUACAUUUAAUAUAAUCAAAUGGCUGAAACGUUCAAAUCAAUCAGCAUUAUUCUUAUGUGAUAUAUGGAAAAAUUCCUGAUUAUGAUGCUAUUUUAUUUUUAUCAUUGUGAUUGUCUUCAAACUCAAAUAAAA